AAGACAUCCACCGAAGUCACUCAUUCACAUCGUCAGUCAUAGGAGGGUUUUGCUUGUAUACUGUUAUGUUAUUGACACAGCCCCAGUCCCAAAUACAUAAGUCGACUCCUCCCUCCCUCGUCCGAACUUCGGACAGUCAAGUACCCUCGUACCCAGCUCUCAUAAGGUUACGUCACUAAAAAGCCACCCCCAAGAUGCUGCGUUGAACCCUACACGCGCUCGGUCUACAACAGCUUUUUAUUCUUCGUCCUCCUCCCGGCGCUUUCUGCGAAUGAGUAUUUGCCAUGGCUACGAGUGCGCGAACCUCCCUUGACCAUGAUCCAGUCGAAGUCGAACCCGAAUCUACCACCUCGAGUCCCCACUCCCUUUCAAAAGCUGUACUUGCGCGCCGCGACGAAUAUACUCGAAAGAGAAAGAUUAAGAUAAAGAUUGGUUCGUGGAAUGUAGCUGCCUGCCUAGGUACGGACCUCGAUUUGGAGUCUUGGUUCGCAGAUGGAAAGGGAGUCGAUGAACAGCUCUCAGGCAUCACCUUCUCAGACGACGGUUAUGAUCGAGUAGAGAGUGUUGCGGCGCAGGAGGCUCGUAGGAACAAGACGCAGAGUACUGCUCUGCUAGGCGAUAACGGCGUGAUACCUGGUGGAGAGGAGAUUGGGCUAUACGUUUUGGGUCUGCAAGAGGUCAUUGAUCUAUCCAGCAUCACUCAAGUUGCUACUCGAGUUUAUGCGGAUCCCGGUCCCACAAACAAAUGGAGGAAAGCUACGGAAAAUGCGCUGCCCAAAGGCUAUAUUCAAAUUGUUGAACAGCAGCAGGCAGGCCUAUUAUUAUUGAUUUACGCGCAUCCGGAUGUUGCGCCAAGUAUCAGCGCAAUUAGCACAGUGUGCAUACCGACUGGAUUUCUGGGUUUUGGUUUUGGUACAAACAAAGGUGCGGUGGUGACGAGAUUGUUGCUUGGAGAAACGACGAGAAUGGUCUUCGUGAAUUCGCACUUGGCAUCUGGCAGCGACCCAGCACAUCUCGAUCGGCGGCUGUGGGACGUAUCAAAAAUCCUACAAGACACACAUUUUGAACCCAUCAAUUGGUCCGGAGUUCUAGACGAUGCGCGAGAAGGAUUUGGGAAUGAGGACUUUGGAUUCUGGUUUGGAGACCUAAAUUUCAGAUUAGAUGGAUUGCCUGGGAAAGACAUUCGACGACUUUUGCUAUUACAUACCAGGGGGGAGUACGAUCCCGAUCAAAAAUCUGGAUACAAGAUAGAGAAAGAGAUAGCCGAUUACAAUGCCCCUGUCGUUGUUUCGACAGCCGAUAGUGACGAUGAGUCAGACGAGGACACAUCAGAGCCUCCAAAGGGCAAGGCUUCCAAUAAUACCGACGCCUCGUCUCUAAUGAGUUCAUUGCCAGAUCCGGAUGAUUUUAUCCAGGAUGCUAGUCAAGAUCCCACCUCUAUACAAGCCACUAUUGAUUCAUUAUUGCCACAUGACCAGCUGCUGAGAAUGCAGAAGGAAAAGAAGGCCUUUCAUGAAGGGUGGAGAGAAGGAAAGAUCUGCUUUCUUCCGUAAGAGCCCCAACCCUCUCGUCCUUUCCCGAAUUUUCGUGUCCAAGAGACAACUAACCAUCAAUCUAGAACGUACAAGUACGACGUAGGAAGUAUGGGUAUGUUUGAUUCAAGUGAGAAAAUGAGAGCACCUAGUUGGUGUGAUCGGAUACUCUAUCGCACUAGAAAAGACAUACUCGAAUACGAGGAGAAAAAGCGAGAUGAGGAUUUAGUCAAAAUUCGGGACGAGGAAAUGAAAGCUCGUGGAAUUGAUCAGGCUGGUGAUGAGGAAGAUGUAUUGUUCAAUUACGAUCCCGAAGAAGACGGCGGAGAACCAUCACCCGAUAAAGAGACCCCACCAUCUAAUACUAAUAAUGAUUACGAUGAAUACAACGAAUACAACGAGGACGAAAUGAAUCAGCAAGAUGUGGUAAUAACGAAGGAGGGGUUUGUGGAUAGUGUUCAUUUGGACUACUAUACAUCACAUCAGAGAAUUCUCUCAUCAGAUCACAAGCCGGUUGAUGCUGUAUUUUCGAUAGAGUAUGACGCAGUUAUACCAGACUUAAAAGCGAAGAUACAGCAGGAGGUAGCACGCGAACUCGAUAGACAGGAGAACGAAGGUAGACCUGGAAUCACUAUUGUGGUCGAGCAGCUCGCAGGUCAGGUCGAUAACUCAUCUCGAACAGCAUCUGGGAACAGCACGGCCGGUGUUGACUUCGGUAACGUUGCGUAUUUACAAAGAUCUUCUUGUACUCUGACAAUCGCCAAUACGAGUCAAGUGCCAGCAACUUUUGCAUUUGUCGAUAGACCUAAUGCUGAUGAUAGUGAGACACUCGCACCUAGCUGGCUCACUGUUCGUUUUAUUGGUUCAGACACAGACGAGUCGGAACGAGCCGACAAGGAUCUCAAAAGAGACAUAACCUUAGAGCCUGGGGAUGCAAUCAAUGUUAAUCUCGAAGUUUUUGUUGAGAAUCUAUCACUUUGUCAGGCCCUCAACGAAGAAACGGCGCACUUGGAUGAUAUCCUCGUGUUGAGAGUCACAGACGGAAGAGACCAUUUUCUCCCUAUCCAUGGAAACUGGCUACAAUCGUGCUUCAGCCGCUCAAUAGAUCAACUCAUUCGAGUACCCGAAGGCGGAGUACGUGCUCUCAUGCCGCGAAGAGAUGGAGCAAAUGGUGGGCCCGUAAAUCGCGGACAGCCAGUUUGCUGGUCUGCUCCGCGUGAGCUAUUCAAGCUUACAGAGGCAGUUGAAGUCCUUACCGAAAGAGUAAUUGCAGACUCUAAUAUGAUCGAGAAUGCUCAAAUUCCUAUGGAAUCUACUGGGUGGCCCUUUGAUGACAAAUCUUGGCUGGUGAAAGACGACAAGGCUCGGGAGAGUGCAAGAUCGUAUUUUCUUGAAGCACUGGACUCGGAUAAAGUACUUCUCGAUUCCUUCCCGCUUGAUAUUACGUCCAUCGAAAAGUUGGAGAUUACAGCGGAGGUUCUGAUGAAGUUCUUGAGCUCUCUAACUGAUGGUAUCGUACCCGAGUUUCUGUGGAAGAAACUGGAAGCAGACAUCUCCCAAACUCCCAAUCCCCUCACUGACCCCGAGGAGGUCAAGAGCUGGGUUUUGGACGUCUUGACCUCAUCUCCGAAUCACAACAUUUCCUUUGUAUUCCUCACAAGCAUGUUAGCUCGUGUGUCCAGCGAGUUAGCACCAGUCCCAAAAUAUAAUUGGAGUCAAGGAAAAGCGAGAAGUGCAAGAAGUAGCAUGGACACCGUCCGACGAAGCCUUUCUUGGAGAAGCGCAAGACCUGCAUCGCCACCACCGGAAGACCCUGCUAUUUUGCGGCGAGAGAAGGUAGAGAAGAGCUUUGUAGAUAUUUGGCACCAAGUCAUCUUCAAGGGGCCGGAGGGGCUGAAGGAUAAGGAGAGGAGAGUUGUGGAUGAGAGGAGAAGGGGUAUCCUGGCCCCGUUUUUGAAGGUCAGCAGAUAGGGUGUGGGAUUGUGUGUAAAUCACGGGGAAUUGUAUUAAUGAAUGAUGAUCAGUAUAGAGCGAGAGGUUUCUCGGAUAAUUGGACCUUGGAUUCUAGGAUAUCUGAUUCUUUCUGCCUUGUCCCUUUCUUCUUCGGUAUGGUCCAGGUUGUGUAUACGGAUUUGGAGGUUCUAGAUAGCGAGAUAUACCCAUACAUAUUUUUCUAAAGGUCUUACUUCAUUACAUAUCUUGAUCAUAGACUUUCCUUGUAA